AGACGAAUCGAAUAGGAAGGAAAGAGAAGGAAAAAAGGAAAGAAAAUAAAACACCAGACGGGGGUCUUCUACUGCAAGAAAAGCAGAGACUAGAGAGAGAAAAAAGAGGGGCUUAAAUCUCUUCUUCACGAGAUUCGAUUUGUUGAAGGGUUUUAAGCUUCUCUGUUUUUGAUUUUUCUUUUAAAAUAAAUAGAUUUUUUCCCAAUUCUUUUAGGAUUCUUUUAUUGUUUAAGUCACAAAUCAAUAGUGGUGAUAGUAGCAAGUAGUUCAAUUGGUUUUUAGGUCGCUGGUGACUUGAAUGAUAUUUGUUGAAGCUUUUGCUACUAGAUCGAGGAGCAACAAAAGUUUCUGAUCCGAUCAGCCUCCGUGGAAAAUGGCUACUAAUUUCACUCCUACAGUUGGCUCACUUGUGUGGUUGGAGGAUCCUGAUGCAGCAUGGAUAGAUGGUGAAGUCCAGGAGGUUAAAGGUGAAGAUAUCAAAGUCCUCUGCACUUCAGGGAAGAAGGUUGUUGUCAAGGCUUCUAACGUCUAUCCAAAAGAUGCUGAGGCUCCACCCUGUGGCGUGGAUGAUAUGACAAGGCUGGCUUAUUUGCAUGAACCUGGAGUUUUGCAGAACUUGAGAUCAAGAUAUGAUAUGAAUGAAAUAUAUACAUACACGGGGAACAUUCUAAUUGCUGUCAACCCUUUUAGAAAACUACCUCAUUUAUAUGAUACUCACAUGAUGGCACAGUAUAAAAGUGCUUCCUUUGGUGAGUUGAGUCCACAUCCCUUUGCUGUUGCAGAUGCUGCUUACAGACUGAUGAUCAACGAAGGAAUAAGCCAGUCAAUCUUAGUUAGUGGGGAGAGUGGGGCGGGUAAAACAGAAAGCACAAAAUUGCUCAUGCGUUAUCUUGCAUACAUGGGAGGAAGAGCUGCUGCAGAAGGAAGGACAGUGGAGCAGCAAGUGCUGGAGUCCAAUCCAGUUUUAGAAGCAUUUGGUAAUGCAAAGACUGUCAGAAACAACAACUCGAGCCGUUUUGGUAAGUUUGUGGAGAUUCAGUUCGAUAAGAGGGGAAUGAUUUCAGGAGCUGCAAUCAGAACUUAUUUGUUGGAAAGAUCCCGUGUAUGUCAGGUUUCUGAUCCCGAGAGAAACUAUCACUGUUUCUACAUGCUUUGUGCUGCACCACCUGAGGACAUUCAGAAGUACAAACUGGGAAACCCAAGAACGUUUCAUUAUCUCAAUCAAUCUAAUUGCUAUGAAUUGGAUGGGAUAGAUGAUGCUGAGGAAUAUGUUGCAACAAGGAGGGCAAUGGAUGUUGUUGGAAUAAGUCCUGAGGAGCAGGAUGGUAUAUUUCGAGUUAUAGCUGCCAUUCUCCAUCUUGGAAAUAUUGAAUUUGCAAAAGGGAAGGAAAUAGACUCAUCAGUUCCCAAAGAUGAGAAGUCCUGGUUCCAUCUGAGAACUGCAUCCGAGCUUUUCAUGUGUGAUUCGAAGGCACUUGAAGAUUCUCUCUGCAAACGUGUAAUUGUAACUCGUGAUGAAACCAUUACGAAAUGGCUUGAUCCAGAGUCUGCAGUUCUUAGUAGAGAUGCUUUGGCAAAGAUUGUGUACUCAAGGUUGUUCGACUGGAUUGUGGAUAAGAUUAACAGUUCAAUCGGCCAAGACCCUGACUCAAAAUUCUUAAUUGGUGUGCUGGAUAUUUAUGGAUUUGAGAGUUUCAAGACAAACAGUUUUGAGCAAUUUUGCAUCAAUUUGACAAAUGAAAAACUUCAGCAACACUUCAAUCAGCACGUUUUCAAAAUGGAGCAAGAGGAAUAUAAAAAAGAAGAAAUCAACUGGAGCUAUAUUGAAUUUGUUGAUAAUCAAGAUGUUCUGGACCUCAUUGAAAAGAAACCUGGUGGUAUAGUUGCUCUUCUAGAUGAAGCAUGUAUGUUUCCAAGAUCAACACAUGAGACAUUUGCUCAAAAGUUGUACCAGACAUUCAAAAACCACAAGCGCUUUAGCAAGCCAAAAUUAUCUCGUAGUGACUUCACAAUCUGCCAUUAUGCUGGUGAUGUCACUUAUCAGACAGAGUUCUUUCUGGACAAGAACAAAGAUUAUGUUGUUGCAGAGCAUCAGGCACUUCUGAGUGCUUCCCAGUGUCCUUUUGUGGCGGGUUUGUUUCCACCUUUAGCUGAGGAAUCCUCCAAACAAUCAAAGUUCUCAUCAAUAGGUUCUCGUUUUAAGCAACAAUUGCAACAAUUGCUUGAGACUCUUAGUGCCACAGAGCCACAUUACAUUCGUUGUGUGAAGCCUAAUAAUCUUCUCAAGCCAGCAAUCUUUGAGAAUAAGAAUGUUUUGCAGCAAUUACGGUGUGGGGGAGUAAUGGAGGCAAUCAGGAUAAGUUGUGCUGGAUAUCCUACUAGAAAACAGUUCGAUGAAUUUGUUGACCGAUUUGGCAUCCUUGCACCUGAAGUUUUGGAUAGGAGUUCUGAUGAGGUUACUGCAUGCAAGAAGCUUCUGGAGAAAGUGGGACUUCAGGGCUAUCAGAUUGGUAAGACAAAAAUUUUUCUCAGGGCUGGUCAGAUGGCUGAUCUAGAUGCUCGUAGGAGUGAGGUUUUAGGAAGAUCAGCAAGCAUUAUCCAGAGGAAAGUCCGUUCUUAUUUGUCUCGUCGAAGUUUCAUUUCCCUUCGUCUGUCUGCAAUACAGAUUCAAGCUAUAUGCAGAGGUCAACUUGCAAGGAAAGUUUAUGAAGCCAUGCGGAGAGAAGCUUCUUGCUUGAGGAUUCAAAAAGUCUUGCGCAUGUAUCUUGCUAGGAAAGGUUACAAAGAAAUGUAUUCUUCUGCUAUUUCGAUUCAAGCAGGUAUGCGUGGGAUGGUUGCUCGUGACGAACUACGGUUCAGAAGACAAACUAAGGCAGCAAUCGUGAUUCAGAGCCAAUGCCGCAGAUACUUGGCUCGGUUGCAUUAUAUGAAGUUGAAGAAAGCUGCAAUUACAACACAAUGUGCAUGGAGAGGAAAAGUUGCUCGCAAAGAACUGCGGAAACUUAAGAUGGCUGCAAGGGAAACUGGAGCACUCCAGGCUGCCAAAAAUAAACUGGAGAAGCAAGUUGAAGAAUUGACGUGGAGGUUACAGUUAGAGAAACGAAUGAGGGUUGACAUGGAAGAAGCUAAAACUCAAGAAAAUGCUAAACUGCAGUCUGCUUUGCAAGAGAUGCAACUCCAAUUUAAAGAAACUAAGGCAGCGCUAAUGAAAGAACGCGAGGAAGUGAAAAGGGCUGCUGAGAUGGCUCCAGUAAUACAACAGGUUCCUGUUGUUGACCAUGCAUUGGUAGAGAAGCUUACCGGUGAAAAUGACAGCUCAAGGUACAAUGCUGACUCUAGGGCACUGGUGAGUUCAUUGGAGAAGAAAAUUGAUGAAACAGAGAAAAAAUUUGAAGAAACCAGCAAAAUCAGUGAGGAAAGAUUGAAGCAAGCUCUAGAAGCAGAAUCGAAAAUCAUUCAGUUGAAGACUGCUGUGCAUACGCUUGAAGAAAAAAUUUCAAACAUGGAAUGUGAGAACCAAGUUCUGCGUCAGCAAACGCUUAUAAGCUCUCCUGUUAAGAAGAUGUCUGAACUCCGACCAAUGACGCCGAUCAAGAGUUUGGAAAAUGGUCACCAUUUGAAUGAAGAGAACAGUUUCAAUGAACCACAGAGUGUAACUCCAGUGAAGUUGUCGAGGACAGAAUCUGAUAGCAAGCCCAGGAGAUCGCAUAUUGAACGCCACCAUGAAAAUGUUGAUGCGCUUAUAAACUGUGUUAUGAAAAAUAUUGGAUUUAGUCAAGGGAAGCCUGUUGCAGCACUUACCAUAUAUAAAUGUCUUCUUCAUUGGAAAUCCUUUGAAGCUGAAAGGACUAGUGUGUUUGAUCGUCUAAUUCAGAUGAUUGGUUCUGCAAUUGAGAACGAAGAUAACAAUGAUCACAUGGCUUAUUGGUUAUCCAAUACAUCUACACUGUUGUUCUUGCUCCAACAGAGUCUGAAGGCUGCUGGUAGUGGUGCAACACCACAUAGGAAACCACCGACAACUUCCUUGUUUGGAAGGAUGACCAUGGGUUUUCGGUCUUCCCCGUCUUCCAACAGUCUUGCUGCUGCUGCUGCAUUUGCGGUAGUACGCCAAGUAGAGGCCAAGUACCCAGCUUUGCUUUUCAAGCAGCAGUUGGCUGCAUAUGUGGAAAAAAUUUAUGGAAUAAUUCGAGAUAACUUGAAGAAAGAGUUGUCUUCUUUGCUUUCUUUAUGCAUCCAGGCCCCAAGAACAUCUAAGGGAAGUGUUCUAAGGUCUGGACGGUCUUUUGGCAAAGAUUUGGCUUCAAGUCACUGGCAGAGCAUUAUUGAUAGUCUCAAUUCUCUCCUUAACACAUUGAAAGAAAAUUUUGUACCUCCAGUACUUGUCCAGAAGAUCUUUACUCAAACUUUCUCAUACAUUAACGUGCAAUUGUUUAACAGUCUUCUUUUACGGCGUGAAUGUUGUACAUUUAGCAACGGAGAGUAUGUGAAAGCUGGAUUAGCUGAGUUAGAGCUUUGGUGCUGCCAAGCAAAGGACAAAUAUGCAGGGUCAUCCUGGGACGAACUUAAGCACAUCAGGCAGGCAGUUGGCUUCUUGGUUAUCCAUCAGAAGUACAGAAUUUCCUACGAUGAGAUCACAAAUGAUCUGUGUCCAAUCCUUAGUGUUCAGCAACUGUAUAGAAUAUGUACGUUGUACUGGGAUGACAACUACAAUACCCGGAGUGUGUCACCAGAUGUCAUUUCCAGCAUGAGAGUACUUAUGACAGAGGACUCGAACAGUGCUGUCAGUAACUCCUUUUUGUUGGAUGACAAUUCGAGCAUCCCCUUCUCUGUCGACGACCUUUCAAAUUCACUGCAGGCGAAGGAUUUUGCAGAUGUAAGGCCGGCAGAAGAACUCCUGGAGAAUCCAGCCUUCCAAUUUUUACAUGAGUGAGGCACAGGAAAGCUCAAGCUCAAGCUCAAGCAUGCUCCUCACUUUUUAGCUGAGGUGGUGGUGCGUUACAACUUUUGAUCAGAAGAAAUGGUUAUUGUAAAUUCUUUUUUCGUUGGUAUUUUUAUACUCCCAUGCCCCUUUUUGUAAAAUUUUCUUCUAUUUGUUUAUUAUUCUUUUUGCGCUCAAGAUUUGUAAAAUUUAUGAAUGGUGAGGGGGUUAGGGAAAUCUCUUGUUAUCUGAUCUAGUGUUUAUUUUUUUCUUCUUUUAAUUUAUUUUUCCCUGGGGUUUUCUGCUGCAAGGUGGCAGUAAUUUUUUUAGGGGGAAUUUUUCUGUAGGAAUUUGUAGUUUUGGUGGCUUUCUUUGAGUCUUCACCAACCAAAUCUCAAUGUACAAAGAACAAGCAUAUGGAUUUUAGUAGAUGCAUAUUUAUAAGAAUUAUUAUAUUACAUACA